AUGCCGUUUAUCGACAAUGCGAUCCAUGUGGACGAAUCGUUUGCGCGAAUCGCGAAUGCUGACAUCGAGGUGAUUCUCAAACAACUCACACAAGAUGAAAAAGUCGCACUUUUGACAGGCGAAGACUUUUGGCAUACCGUGCCCAUACCCAGACUAGGUAUCCCUUCGAUUCGAGUUUCAGAUGGCCCCAACGGCGUACGGGGUACUCGCUUUUUCAGCAGCGUUCCCGCCGCAUGCUUGCCAUGCGGGACUGCAAUCGGCGCAACAUUUGAUCGAGAUCUCGCUGUUAAGAUCGGGCAUGUGCUCGCCGCCGAAGCGAAAGCUAAAGGCGCCCACGUUUUACUUGGUCCAACAAUCAACAUUGCGCGCGGUCCACUAGGAGGAAGAGGCUUCGAGUCGUACUCUGAAGACCCGCUGCUGUCUGGUGUUCUCGCGGGUCACUACUGCAGGGGACUGAAAGAGAAGAAUAUCAGCGCAACUCUCAAGCACUUUGUUUGUAAUGAUCAAGAGCAUGAGCGUAUGGCUGUCAGCUCUAUCUUAACUGAUCGAGCGCUGAGAGAAAUUUACUUGCUUCCGUUUCAGAUUGCGAUCGCCCUUGGAAGUCCCGACGCAGUAAUGACGGCGUACAAUAAAGUGAAUGGUAUACAUGUGGCUGAGAAUAAGACCUUGUUGCAAGAUAUUCUCCGUGGAGAAUGGGGCUGGGAUGGAUUGGUGAUGAGUGACUGGUUCGGGACAUAUAGCACCUCCGAAGCUGUGGUGGCGGGUCUAGAUCUGGAGAUGCCAGGCCCUCCAAGAUGGCGCGGUGCUGCCUUGACACACGCAAUCACAUCCAACAAAGUUCCACUUGCUGCAUUGAACGAUAGGGUAAGAGCAGUUCUAAAACUCGUUCAGAAGGCAAGCAAAUCAGGUGUCCCUGAGCGGGCUCCAGAGACCCAGCUCGAUCGAUCCGAAGACCGAGCGCUGUUAAGAAAGAUCGCGUCGGAAGCGAUCGUACUUCUGAAGAACGAUGGUAAUAUUCUCCCAUUAAACAAAAGCAAAAAGGUCGCAAUCAUCGGACCUAACGCCAAAAUUGCAACCUACUGUGGAGGUGGUAGUGCUGCAUUAAACCCAUACUACGCCGUGACGCCCUUCGAUGGCAUCUCCGCUUCAGCUCUGGGAGAUGUAGAAUUUGCACAGGGUAUAUACGGUCAUCAAAUGCUACCCCUGCUCGGCAAGUGCCUUCAUACCGAAGAUGAUCGGGUUGGGUUUACCUUGAGCAUUUUCAAUGAUCCACCAAUGCUGGCAACCAGAAAGCCUCUCGAACAACGUCACGAAACCGAUUCGAUGAUCAUCUUCAUGGACUACGAUCAUCCAGAUUUGCAAAAGACUUGGUAUGCAGAUGCAGAGGGAUAUUUUACCCCCGCAGAGUCCGGAACGUAUGAUUUUGGUCUUACCGUUCACGGUACUGGAAAGCUCUUCGUCGACGGUGAGCUUCUCAUCAACAAUGCCGACAUACAAAGACCUGGAACCAGCUUUUUCGGCAGUGGCACAUUGGAGGACACAGCAGCCCUGGAGUUAGAGGCUGGUCGAAAAUACAAAAUCCAUGUGCAAUGGGGAUGUGGCAAAACCAGCACAUUCAGAGUCCCUGGUGUGGUCGAUUUCGGACACGGUGGAUUCCGCUUUGGGGCAUGCAAACGCCUCUUGCCUCAGGAUGGUAUCGCCGAGGCUGUUAGAUUGGCUUCAAGUGUCGACCAGGUUAUCCUAGUUGCAGGACUGAGCGCCGAAUGGGAAUCAGAGGGCGAGGACAGGUCACACAUGGCCUUGCCGCCCUAUACAGAUGAGUUGAUCUCGCAAGUGUUGGUUGCCAACUCCAACACCGCUAUUAUCAUUCAAAGUGGCACUCCCGUGGAGAUGCCUUGGGUUCACAAAGCGAAAAGCAUUCUUCACGCGUGGUAUGGAGGAAACGAGACAGGCAAUGGUAUUGCUGAUGUCGUAUUUGGUGAUGUAAAUCCAUCUGGCAAGCUUCCUCUUACAUUCCCUCGACGCUUGAAAGACAAUCCCACCUUCUUCAAUUAUCGAUCCGAGGGAGGCCGAGUUCUGUAUGGAGAAGAUGUCUAUGUGGGAUAUCGAUACUACGACGGGCUGGAAAUCGAUCCACUGUUCCCCUUUGGUCACGGACUUUCCUACACCAGUUUUAAGCUCUCAAAUCUGGAGCUGAUCAGGAACUCAGACAGUCAUCUGCAAAUACAGUGCAAGGUGCAAAACACGGGGUCGAGAACCGGUGCAGAAGUCCUCCAAGUAUAUGUUGCUCCCGUUUCUCCACCGAUCAAGCGCCCUGUCAAGGAACUUAAGGAGUUCCACAAGUGUUUGCUUGAACCAUUGUCGGAAGAAGUUGUAACGAUUCCACUGGAUCUGAUUCGUGCAACAAGCUUCUGGGAUGAGAACAGUGGGAGUUGGUGUAGUCACAGUGGGGCCUACAAAAUCAUGGUUGGAACAAGCAGUCGCGGAGACUUCUUAGAAGGCUCUUUGGACCUGAACGAAACAGUGUUCUGGUCUGGAAGUUGGGAGGUAACCAAUUGA